CAGGAUCUUGAUGAAGACCAGUCUCAUUCUACGUCUUUGGUCACACAUUUACCUGCAGCACCUGGUGACGUUGAACAGAUGAUUGAUGAAACCCAGAGUCAGGCUGCAGCAGAAAGGCAGAAUCAAACAGAUCUGGUUCCUGGUUACAUUGAGAAGAAUGCAAAGUGUCUAAACCAUCACCUGACGUGUGCUACUAUGUCUUCCUUGGAAAAGUGUGCUCAUUGCGUUGGGCCCAUUUCCUCCUUCAAGUGGCUUGGUUAUCAGUGCAAAGUUUGUUCUGGAGUUUGGCAUGCAUCCUGCCUUAAACAAAUUUCCAAAAAGAACUUUCAACACCCAUCACAGGAAAAAGAAAUUUUCAAAUAUUCUGGAAAUGAACAGUUGUCAGAUGAGGACAGCUCGGCACCCUCGGAGCUACAUUACAUGUCAGAUAAUUUGUUUGAUGAGGACUAUGUCCCAAAUUCAGAAACCAGUGAUGAUUCAGAUACAAGCAUCCCGCUACAGUCUAGCCAGUCAAACGUUGGACAGAUUCAAGGAAAACCAGCAACACCUGAUCUUGACACAAGUGUCCCUGAUGUACCCAGCACAUCAAAACAUUGUAGCCCUGGUCUCACAGAUAACAUGAGUGAAGAUGCUGUUGAAACAUUGGACCAAGCCAGUUCUAUCAAAAAUGAUAAAUGUCGAGGUAAACACAAAGUGGAAUCCCAAAUGCAGAUGACAAGUAUUAAAAACUACUGUUUUGUUUGUGGUAAGCCGCAAAGCAAAAUUACACGCCAUUUAAAAACGCACAAGGAAAAUGCUGAAAUUGUCCAUAUAUUUUCCCUUCCUGCGGAUUCUAAAGAGCGCAAAUUUUUAUUAGAGAAAAUGAGAAACAAAGGAAACUUCAGGCAUAACACUGCAGUUUUACUAAGCGGAGAAGGACCCCCCAGACUUAUGCAGAACUUGCAAAAGUUACACUUGCACAGGUUAUUGUGUUCAAUCGAAGACGAGCUGGCGAGGUUUCAAAGAUGCACCUCAGAGGUUUUAUGGAGAGGGACAGCACCAAACUCCACGAAGAUGUGGCCAUGGGUUUGUCAAAGGUUGAACAGAAGCUCUGCAGUUAUUUCAGCCGUGUUGAAAUCAUUGGAAAAAGAGGCAGAAAGGUUGCAAUUUUACUCACACCAAAUGUGGUUGAUGCUCUGACACUAUUGGCGAGCAAAAGAGAUGAAUGUAAUGUUUGUCCCGCAAAUGUCUUUUUAUUUGCAAGACCUAAAUCACUAAGCCACUACAGAGGACAGGACUGUUUGCGGGUUUAUGCAAACCAGUGUGGAGCAAAGCACCCAGAGUUCCUCAGGUCAACACAACUGCGAAAACAUGUCGCCACACUCUCUCAAGUCCUAAACUUAAAAAACAAUGAACUUGACCAAGUUGCAGAUUUCUUGGGUCACGACAUUCGUGUUCACAGGGAAUUUUACAGAUUACCUGCUCCCACAACACAACUGGCAAAGAUAUCCAAGCUGCUUUUGUCAAUGGAAAAAGGAAAACUGUCCGCCCUGCGAGGGAAGUCCCUGGAUGAGAUUGAAAUUGAAGAUGAAAUUGCAUUAAGUGAUACUGAACCCAAGGAAAGUGAGGAUGAGUCAGAUGACAGUGAGGCAGAGAUCUCAGCACAGAAAUUGACAACUAUUGUGUCUGUGGAAGCUGCAACAGUCUCUACAAUACCUGGCCAACUCCAUGACGCUGAUGUGGGAGAAGUGUCAUCAUCUAAAACAGAUGAACUCAUCCUUUCAACUGAAGCCUGUUUUGGCCCAACGAACUGUGCAAAAUAUAAGAGACUUUGUGAGAAAUCGAGGGAUAACUGCUAAGAGGCAGGCACAAAAGCAGAAGUUAUAGGUUAACUUUAUACAAAUGUUUUGUUUUUGAAUGUGUGGCUCUCGUUCUUCAGUGUUAAAUGUGGGGCAUGAUGUUUCACCUUGGAAAGAGGUAGUUCUGUUUAUGCGGUAAUGUUAAAAAAUGCACUUUAUUUUUAAUGAACAGUAGUUUCUGCAAAAAAAAA